AUGAAUGCCCAAUGUGAAUACCAUGCGGGGAUACCAGGGCACUCAAUUGAGAACUGUACUGCGUUUAAGAAGGCGGUGGAAAGAUUCAUUAAGAUGGGGAUCGUAAAGUUCGAUAACCCAUCGGGACCAAACGUGGCAGGGAAUCCGUUACCCAAUCUUUCUGAUAAUAGAGUAAAUGCAAUAAUUGAGAAUGGGGGAAGGAGAAUCAAAGAUGACAUUGCGGAUGUGAAUACCCCACUGAAAUGGGUUUGGAGACAAAUGAUAAAGGGAGGUCUAAUCAAGCAAGAAUCAAAAGAAGGGCCCGAAGGAGUAAAGAAAUAUUGCGAGUUCCAUGCUAAAGAGGACCAUGACAUUCAAAACUGCACUGAAUUCAGGGCCAUGGUACAAAAUCUGAUGAACAACAAAGAGCUAGAAUUUUAUGAAGAGAUCAAUGGACUAGAAGAGGGAGAAGUUUUUACCUUGGAGGAAGGACUUACGGGAAAAGCCCAAAAUCACCCGAUGGUGAUUAUUUCAAGGCCAAGAAACAUAGGAUCUGGAAUACAACUAGCGCCAUGGGUCAUAAUCCAAAAACCUGUACCCUUUCCUUACAAUGAUAGCAAAAAGGUUCCUUGGAGUUAUGACUACAAUGUGACGAUCCCGGAGAACCUGAUAAAUGUUUCAGAGGAGGGUAAUGAUGUAGGUUUCUACACACGCAGCGGAAAACACUAUGACCCGGCAAAUACAAAAGGGGAGCCCAUAAAAGGAAAAGCCUUGGCGGUUGAGCAAGAUAAAACAAAGACGGCCAGAAUUGAAUCACUUGUUAACAAACCAGUGACUGAAAAUGAGGCUAGAGAAUUCUUAAAAUUCUUGAAGCAUAGCGAGUACAGCGUGGUAGAACAACUGCAUAAGCUACCGGCUCGCAUCUCAGUACUCGAGCUACUUCUAAGUUUAGAGACACACCUGAACAAGUUGGAUCGCCUGGUUAACAAUAUAAAUGCCGACAACUUCAUCUUCUUCAACGAUGAUGAGAUACCGCCAGGUGGUAUGGGAUCUACCAAGGCCUUGCACAUCACUGCCCGUUGCAAGGGGUGUAUACUACCAGGGGUACUCAUUGACAAUGGAUCGGCACUGAAUGUUUUACCAUUGUCCACAUUAAACAGGCUACAUGUGGACAGGGCUGUACCAUCGUCACUUCACCAAAAGUUGAAAUUAGUAACAGAGGGCCGAUUGGUAACUAUAGGCGCGGAAGAAGACAUCAUUGCAUCAGUCACCGAUGACAUGCCAUAUAUAGAGGCCGAUAGUGAAACGAUAGAAUGUUCAUUUCGAUCAUUGGAAUUCGUAAAUGCAACAUUUGUCGUCGAAGGGAGCAAAAUUCCAGAGCCUAAGAUAUCCAAAGCUACGUUAAUGAGUUUACAGCUAACAAUGGAAAGGGGAGCGUUGCCUGGAAGAGGACUUGGAAAAUACCUCCAGGGACGGGUUGAGGUACCGAUCUUGGUCAACGAACAGGACCGUUGUGGUUUGGGGUAUAAGCCUGACGCGAGGGAAAGGAAGAAGGAGUUAGAGAAAAAACGGGAGAAAAGAAGAGCACAUUUGAGCGGGAUAGAAAUCGAAUGGGGACCGAUGACCUUUCUUCAUAUAUCUAAGACAUUUGUUUCAGGGGGAUUUGUCUAUCCCGAAGAAAAGAAUGAAGUUACGGAAGGAAGGACUGGAAGGUUGGACAUCAAUACCAUAUUCGCGGAAGAAAGGGUGGAAAGGAAUUUAUCGGGCAUUCGCCCUUAUGAACUUGGAAGUGUUCUGAACAACUGGACUGCAGAAGAGAUCCCUGUAACAUUUAGAACUAAUUCAGAGUCUUCAGAUAUCAACGAGACGAGCGACACUGUUACUAACUCUGAGUUCCUAUUUGAACGAGACAUGAGUGUGGAUGAUCCUCAAGAUUUUGAAGAUGACCAAGACAGUGUUUUAUCUCCGAAUUUGUUAAGAAUGGUGGAGGAAGAAAAAAAACAAAUCCUACCCUAUGAGGAAUCAGUAGAAGUCGUGAUAUUAGAAGAGGGAAGGAGUGUAAAGAUUGGCGCUGGUAUUACCGAGGAAACAAGGCAAGACCUCGUUGAGUUGCUUCAAGAGUUUAAAGAUGUCUUCGCAUGGUCCUAUCAAGAUAUGCCUGGGUUAAGUACUGAUAUCAUGGUACACCGACUGCCUAUAAAGGAAGAAUGUAGGCCAAUUCAACAAAAGCUCCGAAGGAUGAGGCCUGAUGUCUUGCUAAAAAUAAAGGAAGAAGUUAAGAAGCAAUUUGAUACUGGUUUCUUACAAGUGGUCAAGUAUUCAGAAUGGGUAGCCAAUAUAGUCCAUAUUCCUAAGAAAGAUGGGAAGGUGCGAAUGUGUGUAGACUACAGAGACUUGAACAAAGCCAGCCCAAAGGAUAAUUUCCCACUGCCUCAUAUCGAUACCUUGGUAGACAACACGGCUGGAUACUCACUUUUCUCCUUCAUGGACGGCUUCUCUUGA